CCUGUUGUGAAUGCUAGGCAGUGGCGCGGUUAUGUCACCGGUUCAUCUUCAUCAAUACAAGUUGUUAUUCACAGCUUCAGUUUAGUAAUCUCGCACGACUCAAUCGAAAAUGAUCUCAAGAAUCGUAAUUUUAUUUGUACUUUCAAUCUCAACGCAAUCUGUAACAAAGGCGACGCAGGUGGAUUGUGAUGCCAUUACAACUGAUCUCCGAAAUACAUCAACUGCAACCGAUCUUUGCGUGAUUGUGCUUCCCCGACAGAAAUGGAACAUCAGUUCCGUCGAUUUAUCCGCAGUGGUGCUUCCAAGCUUUGAUAAGUUUAGUCUUUUAGGUGUGAAUGGAUCGUUCUCGCUGGUGAACUUCUUCUCUUCUAAAUCUCACGUUGAAAAGAUACUCAUCUAUGAUUCAAUUAUGCAUGUGGCUGAAAUUCCACCCUCGGUGCAGAACUUGCUGAUUAGUCAAAGCUACACUCGUCAGAUAAUAAUCGAACAUACGGGCAAUCUUCGAUAUGCUCUGCAAACUCUUAUCGCCCUGGAUAAUGAACUGCCGGAUUUACCGAGAAAUAUCGAUAAGUUGGUACAUUUGAAGACGUUAAAUUUAGCGAAAAAUUUAUUAGACAAGGCUAAUCUGACAGUGUUUGGUAGCUUAAAAGAAUUGGAAACAGUGGACUUGAGCUCGAACCAAAUCCACGAACUGAUAAUUGGACCAAUUGAUCUUCCGAGCUUACGUAAACUUGACGUGGGUCAUAAUAAGUUGAAAAACAUUCCGUCGCUGUUGGGACAACUGCAAUCACUGGAAGAACUAACAUUGAGUCACAAUAAAUUGGAAUAUAUCGAAAUGAGUUACUUAAAUGGUCUUACCCAUCUGAAAGUUCUAGAUCUCCGAUUCAACAACCUAUUUCUAGGAUAUUUAUCUCGCGUGUUUUUGCCGAAUUUGGAAGUAUUGCGACUUGAGUCAUGUAACCUUCAUCAGUUGGAUCUACUGGGCAUAGAAACUCCUAAACUGAGAAAGCUAUAUGUCGAAGACAACAAAUUAGAAUACAUAGAAAUCUUCAUCAACGGUGUCUACCAUGGCGCUGGAUUGGAGUUAUAUGGUGACAGGAAUCCUUGGAAUUGCAACUGGUUACAUGACAAACAUUCACGGGUCAAAUUAGUGGUCCAACAAGAACGACAAACGUGUCGAAGAUUCGUGAAAAAAGUAUGCUGCGUCGGGACUGAUUAUUCUUCUGAGUGGAAAACCGAUCAUAAGUGGCACGUUACGAGGCAACAAAAUCGACAAAUUUAUAAGGUGUUAGAGGAACAGCAGGACAGAUUGCGGAGAACGGAAAAACAUUAUGGGGAAAUGAGUGAAAAGUUAGCCGAAAUGGAAAGUACGCUGGAAGAAAUACGAAACAUGGUGAAGAUGAUAGCCGCAAAGCAUGAUGUAGUACAUUAAAUAGCUGAACUAAUUUAUUUUGUGACGUAGGAGUUGACUUAUUAUGCAAUUUUUCAUGUAAUUAUGCCGAAUCUCUUCUACGUAGCCUAAUUUUUAUUUUAUUGUAUCAAAAUAAAUUACUGUAUAUUAACUUCCGUAGAUCUACUAGUGUCGCAAAGUACUGUGAUCAUUUGCUAAUUAAGGUUCGACCUCAUCCCAACGAGGGAAAGCUAUUCGCUAAUUAGAUUAUUUUAACAACCGUCAAUGUUAUGUUAUUUUUGCAUUGAGCAAUAGGCAAUCCUCCCCUCUAAAAUUUAGUAAACCCG